AUGCAGAAGGGUAUAAGUGAAAACUUUACAACAAAUCAUAAUUUCAGUAUAGAUGACGUGAAAUUUUAUGUUUUACCACCACAAGGAGAAAUUAAUUUUAAAGGGAAUGCAAAUGAAGAAGAAUUAUCAUAAAAUGAUCAUAUCUAAUAACCAUUAAAAAGUAUUGCGAAUGAACUUAUAGAAAAAACAAUCCCUAUUAGAUAAAGCUGGGUUCUAUCGAAACAGGCACAUCAAUUUAAUUUGCCACCCUCUUAUUUUAAAUAAAAAGUUGUUAUUCAAAGAAAUAAUGAUAAGCAUCUAAUUUAAAAGGAAAUAAACUAAAAUGAUUUUGUUCCUUAUUUAGAUUUUGAUAAUCAUCAAUUACAUCAAAUAAGACAGGAGGGAGUCUUCGAUGUCUAUUCAAAGAAUAAUCCAAAUAUAAAAUACCGAUGGAUUCUUUCAAGGUGGGUUGUAAAAGGAACCAAGAAUAUAAGAAAUACUUUUUAUAAAGAUAUGUUAAAAGCUUAAGAUUGUUUAACUGGCCUAGGGGAUUUUAUAUAUACCAAAGAAAACUUUGAUAGUUUAUGGAACUAUUCAAUUGUCCACGGACUAUAUACGAUUAUUAAGAAAACAUUAUUGAUUCCAUCACUUUUUAUUGGAUAUAGAGAGAUGAUUUUGAAAUAUUCUGAAAAAUAAGCACAAAUUUAAGUGGAAAGCAAAAGGUAAUUAUCUUUAAGAAAUAAGAAUUUGAAUUUUUCAAUAUAUUAAUAUCUCUACCAUACUCCAGCAACUCAAUCUGCAACUUAAUUCAAGGUUGAUGAUUUAAAGAAUCAAUUAAAAUAGUUUGAAUAAGACUGUUGGAAAAUAGUAGCAUUAUUGAGUGACAAAUAUAUCAAUCGAUAGAAUCAAAAUAUUUAUGAACAGAGAAAUUUGGAAGAAAAAUAUCACAUUAUUUAUGAUUAAAAUAAGGACAUUGAGGAACUCAUAAACGAAUAGCUUAAUAAUGCUCAAAGAAGAUUUGUGCAAUAAAAUAGCUUGGAUAUGCCUGAAGGUGCUCUGAAAUAGAUUUUAGACAUUGCUGAAUGUUAAUAAUUGCAAAGAUAUUAUAAAGAUUUAUUGAAGAAUUCACUUGCGGACUAUGAAAAUUAAGUCACAGAAUAAUACGAAAAAUAGUUUUUCUUCUUAAAUAAACCAGCGCAUCGAAAAUAAUACAUUAAUGAAAAGUUAAAGAUUCGAAAGAAGAAUUUAAAAGGCCAAUAUUAUAAUUAAAUGAUCUAAGAAUUAGCCUAAUAGAAUAUUCUUGAUAGAAAUAUUUUUAUAGAAUUUACUGAGAAUAAGAAAAAGUAUAAGCAAAAAGUAAAAGAAUUUGUAAAAUAGAAAAAAUAAAGUCCAAACAUUACCUAUCUUAUAACUCGUUUUGCUUUGCCUCCUUAUCCAAUAAUUUAUGAAGAGAAUAAAUUUGAACUUGUUAAAGAAGUGAGUUAUAAGGUAACCUCGAAAUAUUUCGGUUGGAAAUUAAAUAGUUUAUGCAUAAUAUACUAUAUGUUAAUCUCUGAUAGCUACUACUGGUUUUAUCAAUUUGGAAUAAUGGGAUCUUUUGGACUUAAUUCUUUAUUUUCAAUAAAACCAUUUUACAAUGAUAAAAAAAUAAAUGAGUUAACUGGGGAAGUAAUAGAAGUUGAAUUAGUUUAAACUAUUUGCUCGACAUUAAAUUAAGUAUACAAAGGUAUGAGAUAAUCAAGGAAGGAAUUUGAAGAAUUAGAGAGUUCUGGACUAUUUGGUAAAGGUUGUUAAAGAAUUUAUAAUUUGCUUGAAGUCUAUGUAUUUCGAUUCUUAUUUGUUGGAGUGUUUUACACAUUGAUUUUGUAACCAAUUCUAAUCCUCUUCUUCUCAGCGUUUUUAUUCUUUCUUUUCAUUACUUCAUUCAUUUGGGCCUUUUUUCUUGCAGUAUUAAGAUUGAUGGUGUGUAUAUUGAUAUAUGAUUUUGAGACAGCAUUUAGAAUAGAAUUCAAGGAAUUGAAUAAUAUUCAUUCUAUAUUGCCAUUAUUUAGAGUUUUCGUUGAUAUAAUGAUAGGAAUGUUGGAAGUACUAGCAUGCUUGAUAUGCUUGUUGAUUUUGCCUUUAUUUGCUAUGAUAGUAAUAUUAUUUGGAAUUAUACGAUAUAUGAUUCGUUCUAUGUAUGAUUGUUUCAUGAUGACAUUUGUGUAUUGUUGCGGGAGAGUUCCUCGUCGUUCUGGAUGUUUAGUAUGGAGACUUGAAGGAGACAACGGGUAGAAAAAGAUAGUUUAUAAUUAUCAUAAAUUAUCAAGUGAAGAAUUCUAGAUUUUGGCUGCUAGAGAAAUAGAAAAGUACAUUAUCCAAGAAUACCAGAAUCGUUUAAUAAUAAAUAUCUAAAAACCAGAAAAAGAAAUAAAUAGAUAUUUGUAACCAUUUUUCAAAUUUUUCAAUGCCACUUAUUAAAUAGAGGAUAAAAAUUCAAAACUUCUUCAAGAAUAACUGGCUGCAAAAAUUGCCAAUCUUAAUUAAAAUCAACCUGUACUGGAUAAAGAAACUAAAAAAUACAUUAAAUUCUCUGAAAAUGAACUUUCAGAGAUAAAACAUUUCUUGAAGAUUUUUGUAAUUGAAUAACUCAAUCUAAAAAAUAUGCAUUCCUAUAUUUGGAAAUAGACAGGCUUAUAGAUUGGUUAAUUUUCAGAAUUGGUAGAUAUUAUUUUAAAAUAAAUAUUUGGAAAUGAAAUUUUAAUACCAAAUAAAGAACUGAUUCAAGAAGCUUAGUUUAAAGUAGAGAAAGAAAAAGGAUUUGGUCAAUAAAUAGAAAGAGCAAUGAAUGGAGAAGUAAACUUAAACAAGCCAGUAAAAUAUAUCUUAGAAAAAAAAUAAGAUAUAAAGUUGCAAAUUACAAAGAAGGUUUAUAAAAUAUUUAUCCCUAUUUCUGAAAUGCUUGAUAAAAUAUGGGCUGCUUAGUAAACUUAAUAAGAAUGGAGUUCUUUAAGCAGAAAGGAUUUAAGAUUUUUAUUAAAUUAUUCCUUAAUAAAUGAAUGA